GUUGGCGCACGGAUACUGCCCUGGGCGCACUGAUACUCGGCGGUGAAGAGACGCAGGCCCACGACCAGUAGACAAUCCUUUCCUGCAGCGUUGAUCAACAAGUUGUGCAUAUACUUCCGAGCACACGGCGAGGUAGAGAGGAGCCGGAUGGGAAGGACAGGCUCUGAGAAGGUUGAAUAAGUUUUGUAAAGAAGAGUAGCUAAUGAUAAAAUAUCCAUUGAAGAUACUGGAAAAUAAUUGUGGGUCAUCUGUGAAACAAGCCUGAUGGAUAAAAGAGACCAAACUGAUACACUGGUCAUUGUUAACCUCAUUACUUUAGUGAUGUGAUGAAGACUUUAUGCUGCUGUGAUGGAUUGGCUCUGCCAGAAGACACACCAUUAAAAGUCAGGCUGCAGACAACCUAGUCAGAAGGAGGAAACAGACCUCCAGUGCCUCCUGCCCUCCCCUCCUUUGCUCUCAGGCACAGCUCCACAUGGCUGUGGCUGAAGUCCUGGUGCAUGUGAGAAUCACUCUCCUGACACUCUGGCUGGGAGUGUUUCCCUUCAUUUCUGGAUGGCCCCAGAAGGGGCACUCUCAAUAUCACAGCCACCCAGAAGUGGUAAUACCCUUGAGGAUAACUGGCACUGGGAAAGGUAUGAAGACUCCAGGCUGGCUCUCCUAUAGCCUGCACUUUGGGGGCCAGAGACACAUUAUCCACAUGAAGGUGAAAAGGUUUUUAGUGUCCAGACACUUCCCUGUGUUCACCUACACAGACCAGGGAGCCCUCCAGGAGGAUCAGCCUUAUGUCCAGAGUGACUGCUACUAUCACGGCUAUGUGGAAGGAGAGCCAGAGUCCAUUGUUGCUCUUAGCUCCUGUUUCGGGGGCUUUCAAGGAAUGCUACAGAUAAGUGACAUUGUAUAUGAAAUGAAGCCCAAAAGAUUUUCUGCCACACAUGAGCAUCUGAUUUAUAGACUACAUUACAAUGAGACAGAAUUGCCAUCCAUGAAAUGUGGGUUAACAGAAGAACAGAUAGCACAGCAACUGGUGUUUCACGAGACUAAUAAUGUCCCUCUCAAGCAAAGUAACUAUGAGGGCUGGUGGACCUACAAACGGGCUGUAGAAUUUUUUGUGGCUGUAGACCAUCAACGAUUCAUUUACCAGAACAGGAAUGCCUCAGUUGUGUUACAAGAAGUAUUCAUUAUUGUGAAUGAAAUUGAUGGCCUUUAUGCUGCAAUAGAGGUUGAUUUCAUUUUAUGUGCACUGGCAAUUUGGACUGAAAGAAACCCCAUAAGAUCAGAAAACCCAGAAAGAUUGGUGGACUUAUUUUGCGAAUGGAAGUCAAUAUCUGUUAAUCGACGAAUAACAAACGAUGUUGGACAUCUUUUUAUAAGGCAGUCAUUUGGUAGUAAGUUUGGCGCAGCAACUCUUUUUGGAAUGUGCUAUUCCAAUUUAAACUGUGGGGUUGACAGUUUUAUGUUAGAUGAGCAGUAUUUUAGAUUUGCACAUUCCGUGUCACAUGAGAUUGGUCAUAAUUUUGGUAUGAGACAUGAUGGUGCAGACUGUACAUGUGGGAAGAGCCACUGUCUGAUGUCUGAAGGAGAAAGUUUUGCAAGGUCAUUUAGCAACUGCAGUUAUGCUGCUUUUCAGGCAGUGCUAUAUGGAUCGACCUGUCUGUACAAUGCACCAAGUCUCCUGAAAGACAUCUGUGGGAAUGGCAUACCUGAAACAGGAGAGCAGUGUGACUGUGGAACCUUUCAAAUGUGUACAAAUGAUCCCUGUUGUCAGACAAACUGUACUCUGACACCUGGGGCUGUUUGUGGUUUUGGGCUUUGUUGCAAGGAUUGCCAGUUCAGGGCAUCAGGUGAAUUGUGUAGAGAAAAAGAAAACGAAUGUGAUCUUCCAGAGUGGUGCAAUGGAGAACAGCAUGAGUGUCCAGAAGAUGUGUUUAUGCAGCAUGGCUACAACUGCUCAGUGACUGGGGUCUGCUUCAACAAGACAUGUCAUGUCCGUAAUGAACAGUGUAGGCAAGUUUUUGGCAUGGAAGCUAAGGAUGCAGAUGAGGCAUGCUACAGAGCAGUGAAUACGUUGGGUGACCGUUUUGGUAACUGUGGUAAUGACAGCAAAAAAUAUACAGCAUGUAAUAGUUCAGAUAUUCUGUGUGGAAGAAUUCAGUGUGAGAAUGUGAAAGACGUACCCGACUUGGCAGACCACACUACCGUGGUUUUGAGCCAUGUCGGUAACCAUGACUGCUGGGGCACUGAAUUCCAUUUUGGGAUGACUGGUUCUGACAUUGGUGUUGUGAAAGAUGGCACAGAGUGUGGUGACAAAAGCAUCUGUAUGCACAGGAGGUGUGUCCCUGUCGGUAAACAACGUUGUUCAGCAAAAGGGCAGUGCAAUGAUAAGGGGGUGUGUAACAACAAGCAACACUGCCACUGUGACUCUAAGUGGGCCCCACCCUACUGCGAAGAAAAAGGCAAUGGAGGUAGUUCUGAUAGUGGCCCUCCCCCUCCAAGAGUAAAGGAAGAAUCACCUACAAGAGGGAACAAUCUGACACUACUGUUUUUGAUUCCUCUUUUGCUUUUGCUUCUUUUGCUUGGUUUGAUAAUUUUUCUUUCCACUAAGAGAAAAGCUUCUGAGAGAGAAGAGAAGAAGAAUGAGGCACCAUCUCAGAAAGCACAAGAUGCUGAGGCUCCGCCUCAGGAAACGGAUACUAAGGCUACCUAAAUAAAACUAGAAUGUACAACAUCUACCUAAGGUAGAUUAGAAAAAUUCACAGUUCCUGAAGAUAACGCCAAUCCCAUUGGGAUUUCCCUGAUAUUAACUUUUGGUGUCCUGGUGGUGAAAAUGGCAUUGCAUGUGUCAGAGAAGACUUAAACCAAGUCUAAGAAUCCAUUAUGUCACAUUAUGUCACAUUCAUAAACAAAAGCUAAUAAAAAAGGAUUAAAUCAAAA